GCCAUCCUGGCUGGGCGUGGUCCGUGUGUGGGGGCUCCGGUUUCGAGGCAGGCCUGGCGGGGAGAGGGAAGAUGGCGGCGACCGGGGGUUCCGUGUUGUACCAAGUGGCGGAGGCUCUUGGGGCCUCGGAACCGGCUCUGAGACUAAUUCUGUCCAUAUUCCUCGGGUAUCCCUUGGCAUUAUUCCAGCGAUAUUUUCAAUUUAAGAAGGAGCCGUCCCACAUCCACCUGUUUAACACACUCACUGGACUUGGCAUUGCUUAUUUCAACUUCGGAUCUCAGCUGUACCAUUCGCUGCUAUGUGUCGUACUAAAUUUCCUCAUUCUGAGGCUCAUGGGAAGGACGAUGACUGCUGUUUUCACAAGCUUCUGCCUCCAAAUGGGCUACCUGCUUUGUGGCUAUUACUACACAGCAACGGAUAAUUAUGACAUCAAGUGGACGAUGCCUCACUGCGUACUGACCCUCAAACUCAUAGGGCUCACCUUUGACUAUUACGAUAGUAGCAAAGAUAAGGAGUCAAUGACAGAGGAACAGAUGCGCUAUGCGGUGCCUGGGGUCCCCUCGCUCAUGGAAGUCUGCGGCUUUUCCUAUUAUUACGGCGGGUUCUUAGUGGGGCCUCAGUUUUCUAUGUGCAGCUACCUUAAGCUGGUGAGAGGAGAGCUGACUGAUGUCCCCGGGCAGAGACCCAACAGUAUCGAGCCUGCCAUGAAACGCCUCAGCCUCGGACUCUUUUGCCUUGUCAUCUACACAGUCUUUGGCCCCAUGCUGCCGGAUAGCUACUUCCUAACCGACGAGUACGCGAACAAACCUUUCUGGUAUCGCUGUGCUUACGUGCCCAUCUGGGGCAAGGUGAUGCUGUAUAAGUAUGUCACGUGUUGGCUAGUAACGGAAGGGGUGUGUAUUCUGUCUGGCCUGGGGUACAAUGGUAAAGAUGAUACGGGCAGAGUGCGCUGGGACGCCUGUGCCAACAUGAAGGUGUGGCAAUAUGAAACAACACCCCUAUUCACAGGAACCAUUGCCAGCUUCAACAUCAACACCAACGCUUGGGUGGCAAGAUACGUCUUUAAGCGCCUCCGUUUCCUGGGCAAUAAAGCAAUUUCCCAAGCUACGGCUCUGUUCUUCCUGGCCAUCUGGCACGGGCUGCACUCUGGGUACUUCGUCUGCUUCUCCCUCGAGUUCCUAAUCGUCAUAGUGGAGAGACAGGCAAUGGAUCUGAUAAGGGAUAGCCCCCUGCUCUCGCAGAUCAGCUCCAUACCUAUACUGCGCCCCAUCAUUUAUGUGGUCCAGCAGUGUAUCCAUUGGCUCUUCAUGGGAUACCCACUAGUGCCGUUCUGCCUUUUUACCUGGGACAAGUGGCUCAAGGUGUACUCAUCGGUCUAUUUCGUAGGCCAUUUAUUCUUUUUAUUGCUGCUCUUUGCACUGCCUUAUCUGCGCAGAGUCCUGGUGCCAAGGAAGGACAAGCAGAAAUCUCAAUGAUGAUUGUACGCCACUCCUUGCCCACGUGGAGACGCUGGUCCCCUCUGCUCUUUAUUAAGGGCGGCUCACUCCAUGCUGGAUGGGGCUUAAGGAAGAGAGACUUGGGGGAAGGGCUUGAAACACUGCCAGGGAUGCUGAAAAAAAAAAGUUGCUAUAAUUAGUUAUUUUUUUAAUUAAAAAGUUGUUAUCAGCACUGGUAACCCUACGGGGAAAACAGAAUCGCCCCCUAUUUUAUAGACUUUUCUACCUUCUGCAGAAUUUUCCUGGACACUCUACUUGAACUUUUUAGAUUUUUGAAGACCACCCCCAUUGCCGACAGCUGAGUGUAAGCGCCCCCCCCCCGCGCUGGAACUCGCAUUCAUUGCGUCAGCUGAUUCUCCUUGCAGUUUGUGGUACUGCCGAGUCUGCGGGGGGCUCUCGGCCUCAUUUCCAAGGGCAGCUAACGGAGGAGAGUUUCUAUGAUCUGGUUUCCGUAUUACUGAUCCGAAGCCUUGGCACAUCACUGGGAGGCGUCCCCGGUAUAACCAGGAAAUCAGUAUGGCAGUUCCACUGAGAGCAUUUACUCGAGUCAGGGACACCAUGAUAAAUGUGGGAAAUCAAUAUACCAAUGGGUGCGGCUUCUGUGUACUCGUAUCACCAUCUUCCAAUCAGAGCACCCCUGGGUAAUGUUGCUGCAUAGUGCUCUCUGAUUGGCUAAUGUGGUUGUGUGAUAACAGAGCUGUUCCACUGCCAUGUCCUGCCUUUUAUAGGUGGUAAAGCCACCGAUCCACAUGUACCAGAGUUGCAAUAAAGCACUCAGCCAAGAAACCCUCCUGUGCCACCUGUUCAAUGGGAUCCUGACCCUGACAGCAAUGAAUCAAACCAGAGUGCAUGGUGUGUGUAUCAAUGCACAAAUGCAGUUCAUUGUAUGUACUGUAUAUAUACACAUUUGUGUAAUAACACUGCAGAUGUUAUUGUUUUUUAAUUAACGUUUAAUUAAGUUAAUUAAAAAAAAAAUACUGAAA